CCAUAGGCAGAGAAGAACCAUGAGAAAUCAGAAAUUUCACUGCAGCAAAUCAAGCUUUAUCUCCUUUUUUAUUGCUUCUCUUACUCUCUCAUCUUCUUCCUUCCUUAACAUAUGCCUAGCUUCUGAAUCUGAAGUUGAGGAUGAACACCAAUUUUCUUACAAGGAAGAAAGUGGAAAAGGGCCAAAGAAUUGGGGGAAAAUCAACCCAAAUUGGAAAAUUUGUGGAACUGGAAAAUUACAGUCUCCUAUUGACAUUAUUGACCAUGGAGUGGAGAUUUUACCUAGUUUAGGAAAAUUGAAAAGAGACUAUCAACCAGCACCAGCUAUUGCCAAGAAUAGAGGACACGAUGUUAUGAUCUCAUGGGAAGGAGGAGAUGCGGGAACAAUUACGAUAAAUGGGACUGAUUACAAACUACUCCAGACUCAUUGGCAUUCACCUUCAGAGCACAAGAUCAAGGGAGCCAGGUACGAUGCGGAGAUGCACUUGGUUCAUGAGAGCUCUAAUGGAGUGAUAGCAGUUGUUGGAAUUCUAUUCAAAUACGGUGCGCCGGAUCCCUUCCUCUCGAAGGUGCUGCUGCUUGGCCACAUAAAACCACUGGAUCCAGAAGAUGAGAAAGAGUUGGGUAUUAUUAAUCCUGGACAACUUAAAUUUGGAACGAGAAAAUACUACAGAUACAUUGGUUCACUCACUGUUCCCCCAUGCACCGAGGGUAUUGUUUGGACAAUUUUUGAAAAGGUGAGGACAGUCUCGAGGAAGCAAAUUAGAGCAUUAAAGGAAGCUGUACAUGAUGGAUUUGAAGAAAAUGCAAGGCCGAUUCAGAAUCUGAAUGGAAGACCAAUUGGAUUAUACACUCCUACUCUUUUAUAAAUUCACUUAUAUAAUAUAUUGUAGAAUAAACUUCCUUUCAAAUAUUGUUUCCAAUCACGAAAUUCAAAUUGAUAAAACUAAAGUAAUGUUUACUUAA